UCUACAACGCCAACAACUGCACCUACAACGCCAACAACUGCACCUACAACGCCAACAACUGCACCUACAACGCCAACAACUGCACCUACAACGCCAACAACUGUAUCUACAACUGUUUUCUUCAUCGCCAACUACUGCAUCCACAAUGCCAACAAGUACUCCAACGACCACGUCAACACCGACUCCAAGCACAACCCCUGCUACCACAACCACACAGACAACGAUGAUCCCGUCAACAAUCUGUCCUACAUUCCCUCCUCUAUCGAACGUUGGUGCACCUCAACUUCUCAACCAUGCCCUCGUCAACCUGGGAUGUGGUGGAAAGGAUGACAUUGUGUUCCUAGUGGACAGUUCGACACAUGUCCUCAGCUCUGAAGAACGUGUCUUUCAGCUCUUCACAAACGCAUUCGUUGACUCUCUUCAAGUUGGUCCCCAGAAGGCCCGAGUUGGUUAUGCCUACUACAAUAGUCGGGUCAAUGAAAUCCUCCACCUGGACAGGGGAUCUUAUCUAGACAGCAUUGACAGAAUAUUUUCGUCUCUUGAACAUUAUAGGACAGUGACCCAAGACAGAGCAUAUUUAGGGUCUGCUAUAAACCAUGUACUGGGAGAUAUGUAUUCAGGGCGAUAUAGUCGUAGUGGCGCCAAGAGACACAUUGUCAUCCUGACCGGAAAUGCAAUAGAUGACCUUAACCAGGCGGUGGCUGCUGCUGACAAAGCCAGGAGCCGAGGAAUUGACGUGAUUGUUGUUGCUGUAGGAAACAUCAGGAACAUUGAAACGCAGUUGCACAGGGUUUCCUCAAGCCCUUCCAGCCAGUAUUUUCUGAAUGUAAAGGAUUUUAGUAGUCUUCAACCAGAGCUUGAAAGUUUGAUCUUGAGCCAUUGCAGAGGAAAUAAUCCACUGCCAACUAUAGCAUCUGACCCCUGUGCUGGACCGAAACUCCUGAACUAUUUAGGUUGUGGGGCUCGGGAGGACAUCACACUUAUCUUGGACAGAUCUGGAAGUAUCCGUCGUACCGACUGGGCGAAGAUGAAUCAGUUCAUUCAGCAGCUUGUGGGAAAGUUUGACGUUUCCCCACAUGCAUCAAGAAUUGGCAUGAUGACAUUCAACAGCAUGUUGCUGGAGCUCAUUCACUUUAAGGAUUUCUCUGACAGGAAUAGGCUGUUGAGUGAUAUCAACUACCAACUUUCCCGCUUGUAUCCGACGGGUAACACCAUGACACACCUGGCCCUGGAGAGGACUCUCCAGUGGUAUAAACAAGACAGCAGUCCCGACGCCAUCAAGGUCGCUGUCAUCUUCACUGACGGUAAAUCGAGUUCAAAGUUCGACACGUUAGCCUCAGCCUUGGAACUUCAGAGGAAUAAUGUAUCCAUUUUCGUCGUUGGAAUUGGAAGUAACAUCGACCUGCAGGAACAAAUGAUCCUGGCGUCGGACCCGGAUAGUGAACACAUGUUGAACGUGCAGAGCUUUGAUGGUCUUCUGCACUAUAUGCAAUAUUUGGCAGCUGUACGAUGUCGUGAUCUCGCUAACCAAUCCACAACGACUGUGAAACCGUCUUCUUCAACAAAUCACAACAGGUUGACAAAUAAAUGAAAGAAUUAA